GCAACGGAGACGGAGACAGAAGUUCUUUACGGAGAGCAACGGAAGCUUUGACGCGCAAAAGGCAGUGCGGCGUGGUGGCGGUAACGGCGACGGAAGUGCGGUUUUGGGUUUCCCUGUGUUGCAACGAAGACGGAGACGGAAGUACAGUUUUGGGGUUCCGGGGCGACAGUGAUUGCAACAAUGGCAUCUUCCCUUGCAAAAUUUACAGAUGCAUUGUCCCAGCUCCUAACAACGGAGUCAUUGCAAAAGGCAAUUGAUGAAUUGAAAAAUGACCUUCAAUCUUGGGAUGCUCUAAUUGCUUUUCCAGUUGUUCUUCCAGUAUUACCUGGUAUGCCAGCAACACUCUCCUAUUGCAACAACCUUCUGGAGUACACAAAAUCAAAGUACAAAGGCCAGAAAGUAUACUUUUGCCAGAGCAAAUACCCUUUACAUGAUGGCUGGGAAGUAUUGAAGAAUGAUCUUGAAAGUGCAGCACUAGAGCAAGGAUCCGCAAUCAUUUCAAAUGGUGGUGGCACCGGCAAUGCCCGGAACAGUAAAAAGUUGAUAUGUAAAUGUGGUCGAGUCUACCAAAGAGGGCUGACAGACAAGGAUAAAGUGAAAACCUUCCGAAAUGGCUCCCUCCACAGUGACAGAAAAAAUUCCCGAGGGCCUAAUGGCAAGAGAAUGCCAAGAAGAACAAGCAGCAUGCGUCCAGACAAUGCAAAUUCUGUUUGUCGUAUGAGUUUUACUAUCAAAUGGGACAAAAACGGUUAUUACUUGUAUUGCGGAUACGGGAACAUCAAACACACCAACCAUGUCAAGCUGGCAGGAAAGCAUAUGACAUUUCCAAAGCGUCUUGUAGCAGAUGCGGAACGGGAUGUUGUUGAGUCUAUUGGUGCUGCAAAAGCACUUCAUGCUGUGGCUCGCAAUGUCCACUUUCAAAGAACAGGACGCCUCUUGAGCCAUUCACAAGUUCGCUACAUGCACAACAUGGCAGAGAAGAUUACCAUGGCAUUGUUGGUGGAUGGAAGUUCGAUCAACAUUGAUGCCUUAAGUGAUUCUGAGCGAAUGUUUGAACAUUUUAAGUUGCACGGAGUGAACUAUUCACUGCUGUACAACCAUGUGCCAACAGAGUUGGCAAGUAACAGCACAAGUACUAGUUGUCAGGCUACGGUGGAUAACAACUCCUUGACUUCUUGUUUGCUGGGUAUGACAGAUGCAGUGAAGCUUCCCCCAAAAGAAAAUGAGGAUAUGCUUAGAUUUGCCAAUGAACACCGAGAUUCAUACAAGCUUGAAAACAGCCAGAAGCUAAUGAUUGGAUGUGCUUGGAUUCAUCCAAAAGAAAAGCGCCUAUUCCAAUUGUUUCCAGAAGUUGUUCAUGUGGAUUCCACUGCAGAUACAAACAAGGAAGGCCGUCCUCUUUUGACAAUGACAGGCCGUGAUUCAAGUGGAAAGCACUUCACUAUACUUCGUGUGUUCCUUCCAAAUGAGCGAGCUUUUGUUUUCCGUUGGUUAUUCCGUCUUGUUCUGCCCUCACUUCUUGGGACAAAAUGGACAAAGAGAAUAAAGGUCAUUAUAACAGAUGGAGAUUCACAAGAGACCUCCCAGCUUGACAUUGCCAUAGCUUUGCUGUUUCCUGAUGUUCUUCGAGUCCGAUGUGGUUGGCAUAUUGUUGAUCGAGGCUGGAAAAGAAAAUGCCCAGGGUAUCAGUUGGUAGAUGUAUGUAACAGAAAUAAAUUUGAGGUAGUCACUAAGAUUAUCAAGAGUUGGCUGUAUUCAUGGAUGCAGCCAUGGCAGUGUGAGACAGAGAAGGAGUACAAUAUCUCCAAGUCCCUUUUGUUUGCAUACAUGCAGUCAUUGGAAGUUGUGUCUGUCAUGGGUCAACAAAAUGCAUCAAGGAUCUUCCAAUUUAUCCGAGAGAACGUUGAACCACACGAAUCACAUUACUGUUUUCACAAGCGUAAGACUGUUCGACACUAUGACACAUUUGUGAACUCAGCUCAUGAGGGCACAAACAAUGGCUUAAAGAAUUCUGCUGCUCCUGUGUUGCCACAGUACACCAUUGACCAAUCUGCGUCAGUGCUCACUAAGAAUGCCAGUGUCAAUACAUUGGCUAAAGAGCUUGCUGCUGGCCAACAAAGUAUUCGUCACAAACUUUGGUCAGACCUGCCAACUUCCAAGCAUCUAAAUACUUUGGGUGAAUCUCUAAUUGUUAAAGAGUGGAAACUACAUAAAGCCUACGGCCUUGAACGUGUGGCACUUGACACCUUCCAUGUGAAACAUUGCAACCCAAAACCAGUAAUGGUGAAGCAAAGUGCCCCCAUCCCCCUCUUUCAGCGGGCGGCGGCUCUAUUGCUCUUGUGA